AUGGACCGGGUUUUGUUCGACGCCGGAUAUCCCGGUCUCCGACUCUCGCUGGAUGCCAUGAAGGGGCGCGAUGACCUGUGUGGCGACCGGAAUCUCUCCUCCGAUCAGGGAUCCUACAAUCACCACUCCAUCGACGACAUUCUGGGGUACCGUCGCAUGCAAGAGUCCAUGAAAGAAUUUACUGAAAUGAAGAUAAAGGGAAUGUCCGAAAGCCUGCUUCCAACUACACCAAAACUGGGCGACAGCCAUGAACCUAAAAGGAACGAAAGUGAAGGGUUUGAAUCAACGAAUGUGGCGGAACAAAAAAACGCGAAUGGAAAAUCCCCGAAUUCCGUUGGGUCGCCAAACGACUCGAGUGAUCGUCUGUCGCCAAGCGACGAUUGCAAGAAAGGCGACGCCGACGACGGCGCGGAUGAAGACGGCGAUGGCAAAAAGAAGAAGCGCCGUAACCGGACAACGUUCACGAGUUUCCAGCUGGAAGAGAUGGAGAGAGUGUUCCAGAAGACUCAUUACCCGGACGUGUAUGCACGUGAACAACUUGCGUUACGCUGCAACCUCACCGAAGCGCGAGUCCAGGUGUGGUUCCAGAACAGGCGCGCCAAGUGGCGGAAGCGGGAGCGGUACGGCCAGUUUCAGGGGAUGCGCACCAUGGCUCCCGGAAUGGGUUACGAGAUGCCCAUCUCGCCCAGACACGACCCUUACGCGCAGAUGCAGCAACUUCCGUGGGGGAACCCAGGCCAUAACCCGUACAGCAUGGUCGACAACAACUGCAUGGCGCCGAACCAACACAUGCCCAACUUUAUGGGGCUGGCGCACGCCGGGAAUCACCUCGCCCCCUACCCCAUGCACCCACAGACCCCUUCUAACAUGGGCAACAUCAGCCCACCGGAAAUGGAGAACACGGAACUCCGGAGCACCAGUAUCGCAGCUCUAAGAUACAAAGCGAGAGAGCACAGCGUUACCAUGGGAAUUUUUGGACCGUAUACGAAAUGAAAUAUUAUUCCGUUCAUUUAGUGUUAAUUUAUUUGAAAAGUUGCACAUUCGGUCGAAAAGGCAUCGAGAGAAAGAAACAACUGACCAACAGCACGGCGGUGUUUAAUGAAGGUAUAAACGUUCGGAGCACACUGCAAAAACUUUGACCGAACGACUUGAAAGAACGAGACAUUGUAAUGUGUCCCCUUUUGGGGGAAAAUCUCCGUGAGUUGUUCAUGACGUUCUAAGGAUUUCACUGCACAUCUCUACACCUAGGCUCAUCAAAUAAUGUUCCAUGAGGUUAUCAAGAACGUUUGAAUCAUUAUAUGCCCGCAUUAUAUUAAUAAUGAUAAUGGUGCUAUUGUUGUUUGAGAUCCUAACAAAAAAAUACAUCUCUAUAGAAGUGUCGUCCAACGAGAAUCCAAAACAGUGCCAAAAUAUGAUAUGAGGUCAUAGAUGUAUGACAUUACUUCCAUUAGGUAUUUGAUAUGGUGAGUGCUUCCGUAAAAUGUUUGACAGCCGUGUCGUUGAAACUGCUACUUUCUUGAAAGUUGAUUUAUGAUUUCAUGCUUAUAAUCUUAUUCCAACGGACGAAGACUAACGAUGUUGUCUUAUGUAAUCAAUGAAGAAUAAACUGGUCAAUAAAUACAAGCUCGCAAAAAUUAUUUGCAUAUAUUUGACUUGUGAUUAUCUUACCGUUU